CCGCGGCGGGCGAAGGGCAGGCUGGGAAGCGGCGCCAUAUUGGCGUCGGCCGCGCUGUAUUGUCAUAAAUAGAGCCGGUUUUGUGGUGUUUUCACUACUCGGUUGUAUGCCUCGGUCGUAGGAAGUGAGGAAGUGAGCGAGCAAGCGAGCUACAAGCGAGCGGAGGAAAUUGGAUAGGAGGGGAAGGGAAGAGCAAGAACAGGACUCCAGAGCGAAAUACACUCGCCGCUGAGGGAGACGCAGGAAGCGAUGAAAGAGAUGUCUGCAAACACCAUGCUGGACAGCCAGCGUCAACAAAAGCAUUAUGGAAUCACUUCUCCAAUUAGCUUGGCAUGUCCUAAAGAAAUUGAUCAUAUAUACACACAGAAAUUAAUUGAUGCCAUGAAACCAUUUGGAGUAUUUGAAGAUGAGGAAGAAUUGAACCAUAGGCUGGUUGUUCUUGGUAAACUGAACAAUUUAGUAAAAGAAUGGAUUUCUGAGGUCAGUGAGAGUAAGAAUCUCCCACCUUCUGUUGUGGCUACUGUUGGUGGAAAAAUUUUCACUUUUGGCUCCUACAGACUUGGAGUACACACCAAAGGAGCUGACAUUGAUGCACUUUGUGUAGCUCCAAGACAUGUGGAGCGAUCUGAUUUUUUUCAGUCUUUUUUUGAAAAAUUGAAACAUCAAGAUGGCAUUAGAAACUUAAGAGCUGUAGAAGAUGCCUUUGUGCCUGUUAUAAAAUUUGAAUUUGAUGGAAUUGAAAUUGAUCUAGUCUUUGCAAGACUGGCAAUACAAACCAUAUCAGAUAAUUUAGAUCUAAGAGACGACUCUCGACUGAGAAGCCUUGAUAUAAGGUGUAUUCGCAGCCUAAAUGGUUGUAGAGUUACUGAUGAAAUUUUGCAUUUAGUGCCAAAUAAAGAAACUUUCAGACUCACCCUAAGAGCAGUCAAACUGUGGGCAAAACGACGUGGUAUUUAUUCCAACAUGCUGGGAUUCCUUGGUGGUGUCUCCUGGGCAAUGCUAGUUGCAAGAACUUGCCAAUUAUAUCCAAAUGCAGCAGCUUCUACUUUAGUUCAUAAGUUCUUUUUAGUUUUUUCCAAGUGGGAAUGGCCAAAUCCUGUGCUGCUGAAGCAACCGGAAGAAAGUAAUUUGAAUUUGCCAGUUUGGGAUCCUCGGGUAAAUCCAUCAGAUAGGUAUCAUCUCAUGCCCAUAAUCACCCCUGCCUACCCACAACAGAAUUCUACGUAUAAUGUGUCCACAUCAACUCGAACAGUAAUGGUAGAAGAAUUUAAACAAGGUCUUGCAGUCACAGAUGAAAUUCUUCAAGGGAAAUCAGAUUGGUCCAAACUACUUGAGCCACCAAAUUUUUUUCAAAAGUACAGACAUUAUAUAGUAUUGACUGCCAGUGCAUCAACAGAAGAAAAUCAUCUAGAGUGGGUUGGAUUAGUAGAAUCUAAAAUACGUGUACUUGUUGGAAACUUGGAACGGAAUGAAUUUAUUACUCUUGCCCAUGUAAAUCCCCAGUCAUUCCCAGGAAAUAAGGAACAUCAUAAAGACAACAAUUAUGUAUCAAUGUGGUUCCUUGGAAUAAUUUUCCGGAGAGUAGAAAAUGCAGAAAGUGUUAAUAUAGACCUGACAUAUGAUAUACAGUCAUUUACUGAUACAGUGUACAGACAGGCAAACAAUAUAAACAUGCUAAAGGAGGGAAUGAAAAUUGAAGCAACUCAUGUUAAAAAAAAACAACUUCAUCACUACCUUCCCGCAGAGAUUCUUCAAAAGAAAAAAAAGCAAAGUCUUUCUGAUGUCAGCCGAAGUUCGAGUGGCCCUCAGUCCAAAAGAUCAUCUCUGGAUGGCAGUUGUUUGGACAGCUCCAGAGACACUGAUAAUGGAACACCUUUUAAUUCCCCAGUGUCUGCAAGCAAACCUGCCAAGCCUGAUGUUACUCCUUCAGGAGAGACAGAAAGGAAUAAUGCUGAUCCUGCUGGUAUAAUUGUGGAAAAGCCACUGAGUGUCCCGCCAGCGCAAGGGCUGUCUAUUCCGGUCAUUGGUGCAAAAGUUGACUCUGCAGUAAGAGCUGUAUCACCCCCAGCUGUAUGUACCAUUCCUACUGUAGUAGGACGAAAUGUCAUUCCUAGAAUCACAACACCCCACAACUCUACCCAGGGGCAACCACAUCUAAAUGGAAUGUCAAAUAUAACUAAGAAUGUUACACCCAAGAGAUCCCAUUCCCCAUCCAUAGAUGGGUCUUCUAAGAGGUUGAAAGACAUAGAGAAGUUUAUUCGACUUGAAUCAACGUUUAAGGAAUCACGUGCUGCUGAAGACAGAAAAAGAAAAUCAGUGGAUGCCAUUGGAGGAGAAUGUAUGCCUAUUCCAACUAUUGACACAUCACGCAAAAAGAGAUUGCCCAGUAAAGAACUCCCAGAUUCAUCAUCUCCAGUUCCAGCAAAUAACAUCCGUGUCAUCAAAAAUUCCAUUCGACUGACCCUAAAUCGAUGCUGUAGCAUUCUCUCAUUGAUUGCUACAUACACUUCUCUGAGGAUCACCUGCUAUCAAAUUGUCAUCUACACUAUUAUGGCUUUGCGUUGGAAGUUUUACUGCCUUAACUUUCGAUGCUUGUUACUCUGUUAUGGGAACCAGUUCUUGGCUCUUUGGACACUGAUAAAACAAGUCCUGAACUUUUUUUUUUUUUAAGUCUUAUGUUGUAAUCAUUGUAUAAAACUGAAAAAGUUGAAAAACAACAAAAAUAAUUUUCCCGAUUUUAACACAUUUACUUUAGCAUUGAAGCCACUUUGUGAAACCUGAGAUAAAUGAAUGUGUGGUAUCUUUUCUGCUUUCCUCAUGUGUGUAGAUGUACUUAUUGUCUGUUCUGUUGAUUUAAAUUAUUUUUUCCCAGAUUGGCACAUGGAAUAUUUAAAUUAUUUUUUUUUGUGCCUUUCUGUCCAAAUGUUGCAUAGUUACCAGGGAGGAUUAGUCCCGUGAUUACAUAAGAGUUGGGCACCAUAAAUUCUCUGUAUUUUGCCUCCUAUGGAGGCCUUCGAAGUGCAUCUUUAUUAAGAAUCAAAAUACAGCCAGGAUACUGAAAGUCAGUAUAUGAAUGGUGAAGUUGUUACAUAUCCUAUCUCAUGCCAUUCUUGUUGGUGUUUUUUUUACUACGGAGCAACUCAUUCCAGCAUCAACGAUAAGAUACCUUUAAGUAUGGCAAACUUGUAUUUUUGAGGUGUACAGUUAACUUGGCAUGAUAACUCCUGACCAUUACUUACCCCACAACAUCAGUUUCUUCAUGGACUAGGCAUGCAGAAAUAAGCAGUGGAUUUUAUUGAAACGUAAAGGCAUUUUUGAAUGACACUGUUACCAACCAUUAAUUGGCUCAGGACCUUUGUAAUUUUUAUUUGAAUAUAUGAGUUGUCUUUUUUUUACACUGCUUUUUUCAAUGCAUUUAAUUUUUUUUUAAGUUUCAUGAACGCAUGCUCCAUUUAUUAAAUCCAUAACCAUGUAAUUCUUGUAAUAUGUUGAUUCAGUGUUUUGUAAAUGAAGUCGUAUGUAUUUUCAGAGUAUUUUUGUAUGUACUGUAAGAUACCAUCUUUUCAAAGAGAAAACUUUAAAACCUUUACUGUCUCUCUUUAGUCUAAUUUUUUAAAUAUGGAUUAUGCUUAAAUUAUUCUUAAAAUGAAAAUGUAUAGAUUGCACAGCCAGGAAUGCUGGUAUAUAUUACCUUCUUCAGUCUACCUUUCACUCACCAUUUAGUAGAUCCAGUAGGAAAAACACAAAAUGGUACAUUAGAAUACUGCAGGGAAAAUCCUGUGUUGCAUAGUUUGUAGGACUCAUGCGAUGUUGUUUAGGUGGAGUAAUAGUCCAUUUUCUCUUGCAAGCCAUUGACUUGAAAUACUUGAAUUCUGAUUGUCAGAGAACAGUAUCCUUCUCCCACUCCUGUUCCCUGACUCCUAGGUCUCUGAAAUGGAAAUUCUGGUGUUUAACUUUUACAAAGGAAAACUUCUUUAAAGUAAAGAAGAGCAAGGAAAAAACAAUGAUUGUUCCAUUAUUCACUUUUUAUAUAGCAGAAGACAAGAAUGAACUCCCAUAGCCAAGUUGUAGCUUCUUUGGCAAAGCUGUUCUCUUAGCUGACUCUUUUCCUUUAUUCGAAUAUUUUGAGAUUUGUCCGAUACUCUUAUUUCAGCAAAAGUGAAUGAUUAUGAAAGGACUGAAUAAUUCACCUGACUUCAAACUCUUGAAAACUUCUUUAGUGAGGGAUUUAAUUUUAUAUAUUUGAUGUGUUUGCACUUCUUUAUUUAUCUAUUAUCUCCUAUUAUCAGGCUUUAAAAUCGAAGAAUUCCCCAUACAUAUACCCAUGUUUACCCUGUUUUAUAAACUGAUUCUUUGGAAUAACUAGUGGAGUUUCCCUUUAAUAUGAAAGCAACAGGCCUAACCUUUAUACUGUAUAAUACAGUUAUUUCUCUUGUUUUAAGGGUCCAUUUGACAUGGGAUUAAGACACAGCCAAUAGUUCAGUGUUAGACUUUUCAAAGAAAGCAUUCUUCUACCUGUUUGGUAACUGGGGAACUGAUGAGGUGCUUGAGUUGGUGGGUUUGGUCAGAAAUGAAGUGUUUUCUAUCCUGAACAGUAGGUAGAACAUGCAGCAGUUGACCCUUGAACACGGAUUUGAACUACACAGGUCUCACUAUACGUGGAUUUUUUCCCAAUAAAUGUAGUAUUUGUAUUUUCAUUUUACAGAUCUUUAAGUGUGGGGGAAAGUUGAUGUUCGAUUAGUGAUCACAAUAUGUGGAAUCAAAAGAACUAGGGUUUGAGUCCUGAUUGUAUCCAAACUGUUCCAGUUUCCUGCCCUUUGGUGAGUCACGUAUCAAUUUCUUUGUUUUUGAGAUAGCAGUACAAGUGUUUUCAAGGAGGGUGGGGGUUGAUGCCCCUAACUCCUGCAUUGUUCAAGGGUCAACUGUACAUUUUGUUAGAAUAGUAGGAGCCCUCAUUGUACUAGUUCCAAGUAAGUAAGAUGGAAAGGAAUGGUCUGCGAUUACAUGCUAUGUUCAGUGGUGUUAAGUAGAUGUGUUCGAUUUCAAGUGUUUAAACUAUACCCAGAAGUGUAUUUUAUAAAGUCAACUUCUUCUUCAGUAUGUAGAUACAUGUUCAUUUUCACAAGGGUAUUAAAUUUUAAUCUCAUUUUUAGUGACUGGCUCUGAAGAACAGUAUAUAUCAAAGGAAAACAGUUAUCUGCUAGUUUAAACCUUAGAGACUUAUGUAAUUUGAGAGACAGGAUACAUGGCUUAAAAUCUUGUAAAAUCAGGGCAAGAGAAAAAGGAGGUGGGGUUAGGAACCACAGCUUUUCAGGAUUGAAUACUCCCAAACUCUUUGAAAUUUUUUCCAUAAGAUGUUUCUCUGGUAUAUGUCUAAAAAUGUACUGUGGCUCUUAGCUAAUCAGGUGGACUGAUGGAGGACUCUGGAACACUGAAUUUCUAAGUUUUUUAAUAAAUCGUAUGAAACUUCACUAGUAUUUAGAAAAACAUGAUUGGAUUUAUGAAUGUCUCAUGUUAACUUAGAUUCACUAACAGGGUCAAACUUAAGUUCAACAAAUUUCAGCGUAAGAUUGACCAGAGUAGAAUAGCCUAGAAUAAUCAUUAGAAAUGGUAAAAAAUAGAAUUAAUCAUUAAAGAUCCCAAUCCUUUGGUUUUGGUAGCAUUAAAGUUCUUAUUCCUCCAUGUUUGUGGUUCAGACCAGAAUAGACUGAACAGGCCAAUAAACAAAACUUUA